GUACGAUGCACUAAACUUACGUUGCUUGAAAAAUAUACUCAAAGCUCUCUGUGUACAUGGCAACCUCCAAUCCAAGUGUUUGUUUGAAGCUCCUCAUCGAUACAAAGGGUAAACGAGUUCUCUUUGCUGAAGCUGGCAAAGACUUUGUGGACUUUCUCCUCACAAUCCUGUCUUUGCCUCUUGGCACUGUCAUCCGCCUCCUCUCCAAAGAUGGCAUGGUUGGCUCGUUAGGCAAGCUUUAUGGCAGUGUCGAAAGCCUAAGCAGCACAUACAUGCAACCACACUUUAACAAGGAAUCCCUUCUGAAACCUAAGGCAACUGCAACAAGUGAUGUUGGUGCUGAUGUCCUUCAUAUGCUGACGAUAGAUGACUCCUCUGCUGAAAAGUCAAUCUAUGGUUGUCGUAAUUGUUGUUGUAAUUACAGCAGCAACCGGCCAAUCGUUGUAACCGACGACCCUAAAGCCACUUGUCCGCACUGCCGUUCAAGCAUAACUUCACCGGCGACUUUUGUCCAUCGAUCCGCUGCUGAAAGAACAACGUCCGGCGAGGGAGGGUAUGUGAAAGGUGUUGUGACUUAUAUGAUUAUGGAUGACCUGGAGGUGAAGCCUAUGUCUACCAUUUCAAGCGUAACCAUGCUCAACACGUUCAACGUCAAGGAUGUCGGUGCCCUUGAAGAGAAGGAGGUCCAUCUUACCAUGGAAGAGGGUGUCAAAUUGCUGAGGGUAUCAUUGCUGUCAAACUUGGUUCUGACCACCGUGUUCCUUGAUAAGAAUGAAGCGUGAACACCUCAACUUUAUUUGCACUUCAACUGCAAGUAUUAUGGAAUGAACAGUCUGAAUUUUCUACGAGGUGUUUGUUUGUGUUUGUUUCUGAAUGAUAUUUUGUUUUGCUUACCUGGUAAUGUAAUGUAAUUAAUGACCUAUGUAGUUUUGGGUUUCAAACUUUUUAGAUGUUAUGUAAUCUAGGACUUUUGUUUGAAGGUUCCUGUCUAGAUCUAUUGUACCUUUGGUUUUGGAUUUGGACUAUGUUCUGUUAUGUAUUGUUAUUUUGGAAGUGAUACUGUCUCGUUUUGGAUUUCA